AUGGAGGAACACGGCCCAGUGCGCAGAAGAUUAAGGAUUGAAAGGAGGAACCGAAUGAUUUGUGUUUGGCAAAGUGUGGUCUUCGGUGUUCUAGUGCGUUUCAGCUCUCUAAAGACCCUUCACACUGAGAUGGUGGAGCUGUCAUCUUUCCUUGCCAAUCCAGCAAACGAUGUGGAGAGCUAUCGGGUUGCGCUAGAGCUCUCCUCCUCGUCUGAUUCUAAUCGAUCCAAGAUUCUCAACAAUCUUGCCAUGUGCCUUCAAAACAGAUUCAAGCAGCGUGGCAUCAUAUCUGACCUUGAUGAGGCCAUCGAGCUCCAUCGGGCUGCGCUAGAGCUCUCCCCCCCGUCUCAUUCUAAUCGAUCCAUGUUUCUCAACAACCUUGCCAUGUGCCUUCAAAACAGAUUCGAGCAGCGUGGCAUCAUGUCUGACCUUGAUGAGGCCAUCGAGCUCCAUCGGGCUGCGCUAGAGCUCUCCUCCCCGUCUCAUUCUAAUCGAUCCUCGUUUCUCAACAAUCUUGCUGUAUGCCUUCAACACAGAUUCGAGCAGCGUGGCAUCAUAUCUGACCUUGAUGAGGCUAUCGAGCUCCAUCGGGCUGCGCUAGAGCUCUCCCCGUCUGAUUCUAAUCGAUCCAGGUUUCUCAACAAUCUUGCUAUGUGCCUUCAAAACAGAUUCAAGCAGCGUGGCAUCAUGUCUGACCUUGAUGAGGCCAUCGAGCUCCAUCGGGCUGCGCUAGAGCUCUCCCCGUCUGAUUCUAAUCGAUCCAGGUUUCUCAACAAUCUUGCUAUGUGCCUUCAACACAGAUUCGAGCAGCGUGGCAUCAUGUCUGACCUUGAUGAGGCCAUUGAGCUCUAUCGGGCUGCGCUAGAGCUCUCCUCCCCGUCUCAUUCUAAUCGAUCCAUAUUUCUCAACAAUCUUGCUACCUGCCUUCAAAACGGAUUCGAGCAGCGUGGCAUCAUGUCUGACCUUGACGAGGCCAUUGAGCUCCAUCGGGCUGCGCUAGAGCUCUCUCCCCCGUCUCAUUCUAAUCGAUCCUUGUUUCUCAACAGUCUUGCUGGCAGCCUUCGAGGCAGAUUUGAGCAGCGUGGCAUCAUGUCUGACCUUGAUGAGGCCAUCGAGCUCUAUCGGGCUGCGCUAGAGCUCUCCUCCCCGUCUCAUUCUAAUCGAUUCAUAUUUCUCAGCAGUCUUGCUACGUGCUUUCAAAACAGAUUCAAGCGGCGUGGCAUCAUGUCUGACCUUGAUGAGGCCAUUGAGCUCCAUCGGGCUGCGCUAGAGCUCUCCCCCCCGUCUCAUUCUAAACGAUCCUUGUUUCUCAACAAUUUUGCUACCUGCCUUCAAAACAGAUUCAAGCAGCGUGGCAUCAUGUCUGACCUUGAUGAGGCCAUUGAGCUCCAUCGGGCUGCGCUAGAGCUCUCCCCCCCGCGGGGCGUCCACCCUGACCUUGAUGAAGCAUUUAGCUUAUAUUUGGGACUCUCCCACCUCUUACAUGCAGCAUCUCGCACAGAUCUUCGAGCUGCCAAGUCAUGGGCGGUCUCCGCCCACAUUCACAACCACAGUUCUGCAUUGCUCGCCUAUAAGACUGCACUCAAAUUCCUAGAUCGGCGAGUUGCUCUCUUGUCGUCUUCUUCCCAUCAUUUCAACGUCAUCAGGGAGGCUGUUUCUUCCCUUGCCACAGAUGCUUUUUUAUGCAGCGUUCGUCAUGGUGCCCUGACGACUGCGGUGGAGCUGGUGGAGCAAGGUCGUGCAGUAUUCUGGACCCAGUUGGCACGUUUCAGCACACCACUCGAUGAACUUUCUGUUUCGGGUGAUAACGGUCCGACCUUGGCAGCAGAAUUCAAACGGUUGAGCUUUCGCUUUCGUAACGCAUUCGAUCAGUCUACUGAAGACAAGUCUCCGCAAAUACGGCAACUUACCAUGGAAUGGGAUGACGUCGUCUCACGCAUUCGCAUGCUUCAUGGCUUUUCGCGUUUUCUUCUACCUCCCCUGUUCCCCGACCUACGGAAAGCGGCAGAAGAUGGUCCAGUCAUUAUUCUGAAUGCAAGCCAAUAUGGCUGUGAUGCCUUGAUUAUCCAUAGUACGGAAGAUCCUGUCCAUGUUUCGCUUGACACUACACAAGCCGAAUUGUCCGAGUUCUCCUCCGAGUUCCAGUCACUCACAGAGCAGUUUGGUUCUUGUGAUCGUCAACACAAACUCGUCAGCAUCCUCCGCAAGCUUUGGAAUGAUAUCGUUGACCCCGUGAUCCAAGCUCUUAGGGAGUCGAACAUUCGCCCUGGCUCGCGCAUCUGGUGGUGUCCCACUGCCGAGUUCACACUGCUUCCUCUACAUGCAGCAGGACCGUACGAGAAGCACAAAGACAAUCUGUCUCACAUUUACAUCUCCUCUUAUACUCCCACUUUGGCGACCCUCAUUCGUGCAAGACGGCAGGUUUCUCCGGAUGUGUCCCCGCAACAUUUUGUCGCCAUUGGUCAAGCAAACCCGGACAAAGGGAGGGAGCUCAAAUGUAUCUCUCCAGAGCUAGCUGCCGUGGCUAAACGUCUCCAGCCUGUCGUGUUGUCCUUCACAUCGCUUGAGGACAGCGACGCAACAGUGCAGGGUGCACUCGAUGCACUAAACCAUAAUCAGUGGCUUCAUCUCGCCUGCCAUGGAGUGCCAAAUCGGACACAACCCUUUGAGUCUUCCUUUGCCAUGCGUGAUGGGCCUUUAAUGAUCAGGGACAUCAUCCGAUCCAACUGGCAGAACCCGGAGUUUGCAUUCUUAUCGGCCUGCCACACUACCGUGGGCGAUGAGAAGAGUCCCGACGAGUCGAUCCAUCUUGCUGCGGCUAUGCAAUUCAGCGGAUUUCGCAGUGUCAUUGGUUCCAUGUGGUCUGUUGACGACAAGGUUGCACGCCGGGUCGUGUCUGCUUUUUACCGCAACCUCAUUCAAGUCAAUGGUUCGGGGAGAUUAGACUGCACGCACGCUGCAGUAGCGCUGCACAAGGCUUUGAGGUCGUUGGGCAACAAGAUUCCGUUAGAACAGCAGAUUGUAUUUGUCCACAUAGGCGUGUAG